GCCUCCGCGUUCCAAACACUUCAACGCUUGACGACAUGCCAGCUCAAUCGCUCGUGCCAGGGUACAGGCAAGUAGAAGCCUUUGGGCCCGACGAAGAAUACGAGGAUGAAGAAGAGGUCUCAUACGUGACAUUCGAUCUCGGAACAGUAGAACCCACUCUUCUUUCCAACAGUUCGACUUACAGGCUUAUCGGUCUGGACACGCCUACGCCCUACCUCCAACUUGCCGGUUCUAUAUUCAAGGGCAGGCAUGACAGCCUUCUUGGCACAGAGCUUUUGUUCACCGAGGAAAAGACCGACAAGAGUUCUACAAAACGCUCUCUCGUCCACGCUGGUUCGACAGAACAGCGCGUCUGUUUUAAGGAAGUACAGCUCAAGGAGAAAGCACGACGUCCACCAGAAGCAGAGAGCGAGGCCCCUCACGCCCCGGGUAGUGGCUCGGUGGUAGCUCAGCCUGACCUUUACCUGGAAAUGCUGAGCGGGCAAAGCUCAGCAAGUCCCGUUCGCAAGCGGAAAAGGGGUUCUAAGAAGGGCAAGGAGAGGGCGAUCGAGCCCUACGCCAGUUAACGUUUAUUACCGUAGUUGUAUUACUGUUGGUAGUAGCGCCACUAGAGACAAACACAGCCAAACAAGUUUCCCC